AACAAGGGAGGAAUAAAGAGUGUGUCCUCACACACCGUUAACCAGUAUGCUUGAAUAAUACUUAUGAUCUCUAAAGUUGAAAUCUCUUGAGAAAGAGAACUUCUUGGGAAUCAUAUAGACCCUCCAGGAUUUUUAGAGAGUUUUAACAUUCUCAAAACCCUCUUGGAUUCGUUCUGAAAAACUGGACUCCUCCGAAAAUCACCUGGAACAUCGCAUCUUAGGAGCUAUUCCAGGAUUUGAGAGUUGUGACUUUUGAAACAUUUUCUUUGUUUGAUCCUUUGUGUAUAUCUUCUGGAAUUCUGGGUUUAUUCAACAUUUUCUUUUAAACAUUGUUGUCCUCAGAAACACAGGAACUGCAUACCAACCCUGGGAAUUUGUCCUGAGUAAGUGUCACAUCUUUUUUUGCCAUGGCUGAACCAGGCUCCUGCCCAAACCAAGACCUAUCAAAUACUGCCAUUGUCCACAGCCCACUGGGCAUUUGUUCAGACCUGGAUACCCAGAGAGGAAGAGAGGAUGAGGAAGGAGAAGAAGAAGAUGAUGAGGUGGAACUAGCUGAGGAGGUAGGGGAGGAUGUUUUGAUGAUGGCUGAUGUAGAAGAGAGACAAGCAGAAGGAGAAAGUGGAGCACAAGUUGAAAGGGAGGAAGUGAGGAUUAUGUUACCAAAUGGAGUAAUAAAAGAGGGGGAUAGAGGAAAUGAAACGCUGGAGGACAAUGGGGAGGGAAAAGAAGAAAUGGAAGAUAAAGAGCAUGAAAGGAUGGAUGAACAGUCAAUAAAGAAAGAUGGUAAAGACAAGGGAGAGGAAGAGUCAAAAGGCCCAACGAUUGAAGCGAAUGAAAAUCCAUGUCUGUUUUCAGCAUUCAGUACUUUCUGUCAAGAGCAGAUAUCGGACAGCCAUGAAGAAAAAGGAGACAGAGAAAGUGAGGUAAAUAAUGAAGAGGCAUUAAUAGCAAGUUCAGAAACACAUGAAAGGGAUGAAAAUAUUAAGGAGGGAGACGGAGGGUUAGAAGAACACCAGAUAGUGUCCACUACAGAUGAUACAGAGAUGCUUCAAGAAUCAAGUAUUCUUGUAGAGGAGUCAGUAUCCACUGAUGACACAAACAAAACAGAAGGUGUAACUCUUUUCAUUAAUAGUGAGGUGAUGCAAACCAUUGAGGACCCAACAAGAGAUGUUACCACAUGCAUCGAUGAACAAAUCAACAUUCAAAAUGACAUAUGCCAAACCUCAGCUGCUUGUCAUAGUGGCACGCAAUUUAAUAUAAUUGGUACAUUUGAGGUGAUGGGUAAUCAGACCAACCAGUUACCAGGUGAAAAUCAAAAUGAAAUAAAAAACACAGAUGAGGAGAACAGCUCUGAAUCCAGCAAACAGGAAGAUGAGCCAACUAAUAAUAACAUCAUGUGGCAACAGAAGGGUUCCACAGAGGCAAACACUGAGGAUGAGGGAACCAAGGAGUUCAUGAAGGAUGCCAUGUUCACGUCUGAUGAUGUUGUAGACGUGGGGGGUGAAGCAAAUCUAAAAGUAGACCAACAAGAGUUGGCCCUCGUGUCUUCUGAAGAGCCGUCACAGAAAGAGGGAUGGAUUGAGGACACUAGGUCCGAAGGGGUCAAUCAGAAAGAGCAAGAGGAAGAGCAAGCGCAACAGGUUGAGGUUAAUACUCAGGAUGGGGGAGGAACAACUAUGGAAGAGGAGGAAAACACAUGUGAUGUUGUUGUUCCAGACUUAAUGUGCGGGGAAGCACAAAGCAGUGAUAAAGAAAUGCAGAAAGAAUCUAGUGAUAAGCUUGACAACCUGGCUAUGGUAGGUCCUCCAGUAUUAGAGUGUGGAGUGGAGGUACCUUUAGACACACAGCAAGAUGUGGAUUUGGAUCAGGUGAAGGAGGCCUCUGAGAUGGAGGUAGGGGGUGAAGAUGAAUUGGAUCAGUCAGGAGGUGAAGUCACAUUAGAGGAGAAUGCCUCAACGAAACAGGGUGGUGGGGACUUUCAGGGAUGGCCUUCGCAGCUCCUCAUAGAAGCCGGGGCAGAUUGGGGGGACAACUUGAGAGAACAGCCAAGAGAGAAGACCCUUGUAAAAGAUGACAGGGGAGGAGGAUUAGCGGUAGAGUCAAUGGAGGGAGAGUUAGAAAUGGCAGAGGAACCUGUGACAGUUUUAGAUGAUGAAAUUGAAGAGAUACAGGAGAAUCAGAGUAGUGACCUUGACGAACCAAAAUCAGCCACCGUCAUGGACCCUUCCGAAGAUGGCAUAAUGGAGACAAAGGAUGAAGAAUGUCAAGAGCUGGAAGUUGAGACGGUGGAACUAAGCAAAGAUGAGAAGCAAAAAGACGAAACGGACGAGGAAGAGAUAGAUGACAAGCAAAAAAAUGAUGAAGGAGAGGACGAGAAGGAUGAGAGGCAAAAAUAUGAUGAAGGAGAGGACGAGAAGGAUGAGAAGCAAAAAUAUGAUGAAGGAGAGGACGAGCAGGAUGAGAAGCUAAAAGAUGAAAAAGGAGAGAAAAAGAAAGAUGAGAUGCCAAAAGAUGAAAAGGGAGAAGAAGAUAAGGAUGGGAGGCCAAGAGAUCCAAACGGAGAGGAAGAAACAGAUGAGAAGCCAGAAGAUGACAGCAGAGCAAUGGAGUCAGACAUAAAUGCAAGAGUUAAAGGAUUCAAGCAAGGAAUGGAGAAUGGGAUCUUGUGUUCUGAGCCACUAGUCAGGAAAGAAGGAUGGGGGACAGCAAGACGGAGAAAAGAUAAUGACUGGAUUAAAAAUGAUCUGCCUGAGGAAGAGAGAGCACCAGAAAUGAAAGACUGGAGGAAGGAUUUGAAGCCAGUGAAAAAAGACGUCUGGGAAACUGAAAGGGGAAGGAAGGAAUGGAUGAAAAAGGAAGCAUCAACAGAAGAGAAAAGUCUGCCAAGGAGGGAGGACUGGAUAAAGGAGCUGAAGUCAGUGAUCAAAGACGAAUCCCUGCCUAGAAAGAAAAAUGAACAUGUGAAGAGAAAGCGAGUGGUGUUGCUGGAGGACGGCCAUUCAUACAUCCCCCAGCGGGAGGAGAUGACUGAGGAAAAGAAAGAGGAAGUGAAACUGAUAGCUGUGCGCAGGAACAGCAAAACACCCGAAGACCAGGACUAUGAGAUCUCACUCUAUGUCAAGGCGGGAAGUGAUGGGGAGACCGUUGGGAACUGUCCAUUCUCCCAGAGACUCUUUAUGAUCUUGUGGCUUAAAGGAGUCAUCUUCAACGUCACCACUGUCGACCUCAAACGGAAGCCAGCUGACCUGCAGGACCUCGCUCCGGGAACCAACCCUCCGUUUGUGACCUUCAAUGGAGAGGUCAAGGUUGACGUUAACAUGAUAGAGGAGUUCCUGGAGAACAAACUGACCCCGCCACGCUACCCCAGACUGGCCCCCAAACAUCCAGAAGCCAACACAGCCGGCAUUGAUGUGUUUGCCAAGUUCUCAGCUUACAUCAAAAACCCGAGAAAAGACACCAACGACGCCUUAGAGAAAGCCUUGCUGAAGUCUCUCCGGCGUCUCGAUGACUUCCUGCGGACCCCGCUGCCUGAGGAGAUUGAUGCAUAUGCCCCGGGCGACCUGCCCGAGUCCUCCAGGAGCUUCCUAGACGGGGCUGAGCUCACUCUGUCCGACUGCAACCUCCUGCCCAAACUACACAUCCUCAAGGUCGUAGCCAAGAAAUACCGCAGCUUUGAGAUUCCCGCAGAGAUGACGGGGGUGUGGAGGUAUCUGAACUGCGCCUAUCAGAGGGAGGAGUUCACCAGCACGUGCCCCGCUGAGAGGGAGAUCGAAUUCGCCUACCUGGAUGUUGCAAAGCGGAUCAAAUAAGAGCGAGAGUGGGGGGAAAAGGAAGGAAAGAAGGAAGACGGAUAAAUGAGAUAAAACAGGGAGGAGGGAAAAAAAACAGCAGGUCUAAUUAGAAACAAUUAGGUCAAAUUAGAAACAUAAAGCCCGUCACAAUAUAGAAAAGUACAGAGAGAGAUACAACUGUACGGGUUUUGGGUGAUUUACACAAAGGGGAAGAAAGAGGAGGAGGAUGGAGAGAUGGAGAAUUAAGUGUGUGUGUGUGUGUGUGUGUGUGUGUGUGUGUGUGUGUGUGCUCUCACAGGUUGGGUCGCACAGUGAUUUACUGUAUCUUUGUGCUAAUCCUUCUGCUAAAAGGAAUAUACUGUAUCAAUUAGACAUGCGCUUUCAGAAUUAAUUCCUGAUUCACUUUUUAUUCACUUUUCAGACAAUGGCAGGACCAGGUUCACUGCGAAAAGCAGAAUAGGUAGCACACAUACAGUACAGUAAGAAAGCACCAUUAUUGUUUUAGCAAUAGAAGUCACACCUUUUAGCAAACCCCCAUCCACCCAUGUCAGACGUCGAGGCACAAUAACCAAUGGAAUGUUUCAUUCAUAAGUCAUUGUCUGUUCUGUUGGAUAUGAGUUCUAAUAACUGCUAAUUUGAUCUCAGCACCGGUUUCUAUGAACAUUGCUGAUCUUUUAUGUAAUUAUGUUCCAGCCUUAUCUCAGUCUCAUUUCAUUCAAAUGUUCAACCGUGUCAAUAUAAUAACUGCAUUUUUAGAAGUAGUGGUACAUUUGAAACACACGUGUGAUGACUAAAACCAGUACUGCAGUGUUUCUAUUAUAAUGAAUUCUCAAAUAACAUAAUCAAUAAAAGGAAGCUAACUAGGAAAUCCUACUGUCUUGUAAAGAAAGCGUGAUGUUGGCUGUGUAAAGCAGGAUGUACACACUUCUGAGGACUUCUGAGAUGUUAUAUGUAAUCAGUAGUGCCCAGCUUGUUGGCAGUAUACACAGUCUCAUUAUUUCUGCCUUCUAAAUACACUAGAUACAAUGAAAUGGCUCAUUUCUUGCUGUGUUUUAAUAAAUUAAUUUGGCCUCCAGUACAUUUAACAAAAAGGCAUUUUGGGGAUGUCAGAAUACAGACAGCAGGAGAAAGCAUUCCAAUCUGAAACUUAAACAAUUUUAUUUCCCAGUCUUAAACAGAGGACAGAAAUGUUUUUAUUUCAUUCAUGUUAUCUCAAACCCCUUGUUCAAUUUUUGGACAUAAGCGGUUUAGCAUUUGCAGCAAAUCACCACUUUGACUAAAAUAGUCUGCCAUUAAAACCAACUAUGCUGCGCUCUGGCCUUAUAUCCUCUCCGGGGGAUAACCUUUAUUAAACUGAUUUUAUCACUG